CCCACCAUGGCCAGGCGCCCACGGAGCAGCAGAGCGUGGCAUUUUGUCCUGAGUGCAGCUCGCCGAGAUGCGGAUGCCCGGGCCGUGGCUCUGGCAGGGUCCACCAACUGGGGCUACGACUCUGAUGGGCAGCACAGCGACUCAGAUUCCGACCCCGAGUAUGCAUCUCUGCCGUCAUCCAUCCCCAGCGCCGUGCCUGUGACUGGGGAGUCCUUCUGCGACUGUGACAGUCAGAGUGAGGCCUUCUGCGGCAGUCUGCACGCCGCCCACCGGGGCAGGGACUGCCGCUGCGGGGAGGAGGACGAGUGUGAGUGUGGGGGCCUGCGGCGGGUGGGCGGACCUCUGGGCUGGGGGGGAGCCUGGCGAGCCUGGGCCUCUUCUCUCACAGAUUUUGACUGGGUCUGGGAUGACCUGAAUAAGUCCUCGGCCACCCUGCUGAGCUGUGACAACCGGAAGGUCAACUUCCACAUGGAAUACAGCUGUGGCACAGCGGCCAUCCGGGGUACAAAGGAGCUGGGGGAGGGCCAGCACUUCUGGGAGAUCAAGAUGACCUCGCCCGUCUAUGGCACUGACAUGAUGGUGGGCAUCGGGACAUCGGACGUGGACCUGGACAAGUACCACCACACGUUCUGCAGCCUGCUCGGCCGGGACGAGGACAGCUGGGGCCUCUCCUACACGGGCCUCCUCCACCACAAGGGCGACAAGACGAGCUUCUCCUCCCGGUUCGGCCAGGGCUCCAUCAUUGGCGUGCACCUGGACACCUGGCAUGGGACGCUGACCUUUUUUAAGAACAGGAAGUGCAUAGGAGUGGCAGCCACCAAGCUGCAGAACAAGAGGUUCUACCCAAUGGUGUGCUCCACGGCGGCCAAGAGCAGCAUGAAGGUGAUCCGCUCCUGUGCCAGCAUCACCUCCCUGCAAUACCUGUGCUGCUACCGCCUGCGCCAGCUGCGGCCUGACUCUGGGGACACGCUCGAGGGCCUGCCCCUGCCGCCCGGCCUCAAGCAGGUGCUGCACCACAAGCUGGGCUGGGUCCUGAGCAUGAGCUGCGGCCACCGCAAGCCCCCCACACCCUCGCCCGUGGCCAAUCCCAGCAGCCCUGAGACCCGGCGCUGCCAGAGGAAGCGCUGCCGAAGGACCUAGCUUGUUUCCCAGUGAAAACUGCCUUCUACAGCUGGGAUGGCGUUUUCUCUGUUUCUCCCUUUGGACCACCCCCAGGGCAACAGGACAGGGAGGACUGAACCAAGGUUUGUCUCGGCUGCCCCCCUGCCACCCGAGGCUGGGAGAGGCCUUGCUACAGGGGCUCCGGGGCCAUUAUCCCUGUGAUCCGGAGACCCGGACUUCCUAGCCUGUCUGCUUCCUGUGCCGGGUGUGGGAGCAGCCACUUUCCUUCUCAGAGUCUCUGGGGAGCUGCUGCCCCAGCAUGUCUGGACUCAGGCUGCAGGCCUGGGAGGCUGGUCUGCUGCCUGUGAGGAGGACGGCUUCGUGAGAGGUCGGCUCUUCCUGCUGUCGCCGCCGGCCUUGGGUUUUUCUUAACUUGCUUUGCAUGUUGUCAGCUGCUGUUCCUCUCGUCUGAGGCUGAAAACGACCGUAAUAAACUUAGAGUUUAUGUCUGA